UAAACCAUUUUGCAAUGUCAAGACUCUUGCCAACCGCACUAUUCCAUUUCUAUUUUGAGACUUUUUGCAAUGCUGAUGUCAUGCCUUUUCUAUGCAUAUUCUGCUUUCCGCUCGGUUCCGUUCAGUUCGGUUCAGAUCACAGAUCUUCAGGUCUCUUUAUCCACGCUGAUCUCUGGGACUGCGACUGCGAAUGUUACUGGGAGUAACUUUGCCGAAUGCUUGGAAUGUUGCAGCCAUCAUUUUUGAUGGUAGUGGUGCUCCUGCUGCUCCUAGCCACAUUUUCCCAGUCCCUUCAUCUGGAAAAUGCCAGCAGCAAGCCACCCACCAAGGAGCUGCCCCGCCCGCUGAUCCCACUCGAGGAGGAGGAGGAGGCCCACAUGGACGCUGAGAUUGAGAUGGGAACAUUCCAGAGAGAGCGCAAUGGACGCUCACGUCGCCCCACCCUGAUGGAUGUGGCAUUGCAGCAGAGCGUGCGGCAGGGACUGGACGCCAUGGCCGAGCUUUAUGGCCGCAUCCAGCCGGAGAUGCUGCGAAAUGGUCAAACCCUGCAGGACAAUCAUCCGGCCGCGAUGCUCUCCCGCUUCAAUGCCCCCACCGUGGACACCGAGCGGCGGGAGAUGGCCGCCUAUGCCACCAUAGCAGCAGCCAAGGCCUUUCGCAAAAACUUCCAGCACAUCGAUGAGCUGGCCCGCCAGUCGCACGCCCAGAAGAUCUCCCUGCGCCGCACGGCCCUGGAGGGUCUCUGUCCGCCCCGGGAUCCACCGCCCUGCAUGCCCGCCUCGGAGCGGUAUCGCACCCACGAUGGCACCUGCAACAACAAGCGGCGACCGCGCUGGGGCACCGCCCAGAUGCCCUUCAAUCGAUUCCUGCCGCCAGAGUACGGCGAUGGUGUGGACACUGUCCGCAGUUCCACGGAUGGAAGCCCGCUAUCCUCCUCCCGGUUCGUGAGUCUGCUGGUCCAUGGAGCAAGGGAGGGCGAGGCACCCUUGACCCUGAUGAUAGCCCAGUGGGGGCAGAUGCUCGACCACGACUUGACCUCCACGGCUCAGCCACGUUCCAUCAAUGGCUCUAUUCCCAGCUGCUGUGGCGGCAAGGACUUCCAUCCCGCCUGUUUCCCCAUCAAGGUGCCCCUGGACGAUCCCUGGCUGGCCCCACUCAAGGUGCGCUGCCUCGAGUUCCUGCGUUCGGCUCCGGCCCAGCGACGCGACUGUGUCCUGUCCUGGCGGGAGCAGACCAACCAGGUCACGUCCUACAUCGACGCUUCGCCCAUCUACUCGAACAGUGCCAAGUCCUCGGACAAUGGACGAGUGUUCCGCCACGGCAUGCUCAUCUACGGACGCGGAGAUCCCGCCGAGGAUGUCUGUCAGCGGGGAGCCAUAGCCACCAAGUGCAUCCGUUCCGGGGAUGGCCGAAGCGGAGAGCAGCCCGGCCUUCUGGCCAUGCACCAUGUUUGGGUGGGCGAGCACAACCGCAUUGCCCUGGAGCUGAGCGAGAUGAAUCCGCACUGGAGCGACGAGAAGGUCUACCAGGAGACACGGCGGCUUGUGGGCGCCAUGUUCCAGCACAUCACCUACCGCGAGUUUCUGCCCGUCGUCCUGGGCCGCGAGGUGUGCCGUCUCUUCGACCUGGACCUCCUCUCGACGGGCUACUACGAGCGCUACAGCUCCAAGGUCAAUCCCACGGUUGCCAAUGCCUUUGCCGCAGCUGCCUUCCGCUUUGGACACUCCCUGGUGCAGAACUCCUACACGAGAUGCGAUCGCCAUCACAAUGUGAUCAAUAAUAAUGUCAGCCUCCAUGAGGAGUUCCAGCGAGGAGACAUUGGUUCGGCGGGCUCCCUGCAUCGCCUGCUCAGAGGCUUGGCCUCCCAGCGUGCCCUCAAGCGGGACGAAUUCAUUACCCCGGAGCUGACCAAUCAUUUGUUCCAGACGGCCGGCUUUCCCUUUGGCCUGGACCUGGCUGCCAUCAACAUACAGAGGGGCAGGGAUCAUGGCAUAGCCCCGUAUAGUGCCUGGCGAGUGCCUUGUGGCCUCACUCCCAUCCACAGCUGGGAUGAUUUUGCCAACGUAGUCGGACCGGAGUCGGCCAAGCGUAUUGGCCACGCCUACCGCAGCGUCCACGAUAUCGAUCUAUUUGUGGGCGGCAUCGCGGAACGUCCGGUGGUGGGUGGCCUGGUGGGUCCGACCUUUGCCUGCAUCAUUGCCCAGCAAUUCAGCAACUCCCGGCGGGGCGAUCGAUUCUGGUAUGAGAACGGAGGCUUCGAGAGCUCCUUUACGCCUGCCCAGCUGCACUCGCUGCGACGGGUGUCCCUGGCGCAGGUCCUCUGCCGGACAGUGGGCGGAGGAACCCUCCAGCCGCACAUCUUCAUACCCGCAGAGUUCACGGACAACGAGCGUCAGAGCUGUGGAGUGGGCAGCCUGGCACCCAUUGAUCUGAGCCCCUGGCUGGAGCAGGAUCCGUUUGAGGCUGGAGGACAUCACCAGCAGCCUGAUCAGGUGUUCACUAUCGGACAACCAGAGCUGGCCUCCCUGCAGAUCAUCAAGGAGGAAAAGGCUGGCUUCUCCAAUCGCGUGAAGCCAGUCAGGCCUCAGGUGGAGGUCAGUGCCAAUUCGGCCAGUGGCUUCCAUCGCCCCAGCAGUGGCAACAUCACAAAAUUAAGCGACAAACUAGACCUGAAACGCAAGACAGUGACGACCAACAACAACAAUAACAAUCGUAGGGUGACGCCAACCCGAAAGACAGGAAGCGGGGUAAACAACAAACUGGACAAGUCCCCCAAAAUAACACUGAACAUCAAGAACGUGAACGUGCGAAGACCCGACCAGGGUGCGGGUCUCAAGCGCAGGGUGAUCAUCAAUAAUGUCCCCAUCGAGCUGAGGCAUGCCGCGGGCGGGAAUGCAACCGAUUCGGAUGCAGUAACAGAGACCGAAGACGGGGACCAGGACGUGGACGUGGACGUGGACGUGAACGUGAACGUAGACGAGGACGUAGUAGAACUGCCAGAGCUACGGAGUACUGAACCACUGAAACCGGAUAAAACCGACCCUAAAGAAGCAGACCGACAGCCACUGACAAACGUGACAACUGCUCAAAAAGACCACGUAGACACCUCCAUUGACCCACUAAUACAAAAAACAGACGACAUGAAGACCCCGAAGCGUGUCUCAAGGAAACUUUCACAGGAGACAAAACCACAGGACAAGACAGCUGACUUUCGACUGCUGCACGUACAACGCAAUCGCACCACUGCCACCACAGCCAGCCUGGGACGAUCCACACUACUGACCAAGGCGCCCAAGACGAACAAGACCACGAAACGCGGAGUUGAACUGAGACAGUACCAGAGCAGACCGAUCUAUACGAGACCCCAGAAGGUGGUCGUCAACGGACCGAAUGCCGACCAGUACGAGAUCGAGAUCAACAUACGACAGACGAACAAAAGUCCACAGACUCGACCCUCUUCUACGGCGGACUAUGCCGAGUACACGACUGUCUACAAACCGUACAACACGAACCACAACUACGACCCACACUACGGGGAGUACGCCAGCACCACGCCCAUUCCCAGCUACGGCUACUUUCAGCCGCAGGCCCAGGAGCUCAGCACACAGUCGCACAGGACGAAGCCACCGACGAUUAUUUACCUGAACGACAGUGACGACAGACGACAGACCACUACUCGAGCACCGAACAUAUUCCAGAACUUUCUGACCUUUGCCACCAGCGGCUUCAAUCCGCUCGGCAAUCGACAUCCCUCUCCCACGCCACCGACUCCGAUCUCCCAGCCCCACAAGGAGCGGCCCCACUACGAGAACACUGUGGUUAACAGUCCCCUGAAUGUGGGAACCUCCCACAUCAUUGCGGGUCCAGCGUACCCUCCUAGACCAUCUUCGGUUCACUCGUAUCCAGUCUCCACCGGCUCCCAGAUAGGCGCCAAUCAUCAGUCGUAUCCUGUGUCCACCAGCUCCCAGAUAGGCGGAAGCCCACAUUCGGGCUUUAUACAUGCCUCCAGCAGCGCCGUGAGUGCGGGAAACUUUGGGAGCAUCUCGGGGGUGGCCAGUGCCAAUGGAGCCGACAGCACAUUUAGCUUUAACAUACGACCACGUCCCAGUCCCGAGGUCAGUCCGGUGUUUAGCUCUUAUCCACGUCCGCAAAGUCAGAGUGGCGGGGGCUACGGCUUGACUGGACAGUCGAAUUAUAGGCCAGACUAUCAGCAAGGUCAAAGCGAGCUGUACUACGAUCGAGAGAUUAGCUCCAACAGUAAUAAGAGUCCGUUCUCCAGCUCCAGUUCCGGUCUCAGACCACAGACGCUCACGCAUACCCACACACAGACUUUUUACGGACGGACGCCGGAACUGAAGGAAGCAGGACCAGACAGCAACAACCACAACCAUAGCAGUGACAACGACCUAAUCAAAACCGAGAACAAAUUGUACCUACAGGACUACGACUAUGUGAGCCGCACUCUGUCCAAUAUUACCAAGGACGAGAGCACACAAGACGACAACGACAACGACGACGAUUACGUAUACGACGAGGACGAGCCCAGCAACGACCUGGACAGAACAGACAGCACUGGGAUGUCGACCAAGAAAUACGACAAGGACGGCUACUUGAGACCCCAACUGACGCUGGACGCCACAGGCAACAACAGAACUACAACGAACGCCACAGCACUGGACGACAACUACGUACUGCACAUGCUGGAGAACAAGACUCAGAGCCACUAUGUGACGGAGAUUCCCAAACCCAUGCUGUCCACCUCCACGCGGAGCAUAACCAACAGCAAGGUGACCGUUUUCCCGGACAGCCUAGGCAAGCAGUUGGGCAAUGACAUUCUAGCCGAUGAGGCGGACGACUAUGACGACGACAGGACUGGGACUGGGACUGGAACUGGAACUGCCAAUGGCGCCCUGCAGAAAGCUCAGAGGCUCAAGCAGCUGGCCAGCGUGGCCUUUGCCCCGAUCACAGUCCUAACCAAGCCUGACAGACCCGAUAACUGGGUCAUCUAUAACAAGGCCAGUGAAGAGCCGCCGUUGCCUCAACCGCCGACCCUCAGCUUGGAUGUGGCGCCUACCGGAGAGGUUCCCACUCCCAUACGUUUUUUUAACAAUGGAUGGAAGAAACAAGAUCUGAAAGCAAUCCCGGAAACAGCGCCGCCUUCAACCACAAAAACGGACACACCGCAGACAGCAACAGAAACAGACAUCACAACGGAGCAGGCGGGGGCUAGUGGCGUGGGAGAAGAGGAGGGAGGAGAGUCAACCACUGUGGCAGCAUCUGAGAGCAACUAGUAAUGCCAAAUAAGCCCUAGAUUACUUAACAUUUAUUAACUUAUUUAAAUUAUAAAAUCACGAAAUAAAGUGCAACCAUCAUUCAUUUCAUUAGUCGUUGAAUCAAAAUAAAGUGAAGAAUCUAUUAUGAAAGAAGUGAUAAUCCGGUAAACUUAGCCAAGGAAGAUUCGGAAGCAGGUCAAGGAGGUUGGAUAGA